AUGUCCUCAUUCACGGCCUCCCUCAAAGACACCUUGUCCGAACUCACCUCUUCCAAGUCUUCCUCCUCGAAGCCCAAACCCGAGGACAAGCACGAGGAGGAACACAACUCCAGCCAAGAUCAGCAGUCCUCCUCGACCAAAGAACGUGACGACAAAUCCUGGACCCAAGCCUCCUCCCAAGCCGCCCGUGCCUACGACGACUACCGCCAAGGUAACUCAUCCAAAGCCACUCAAGAAAUCCAAGAGGCGGCGAAGAGCGCUGCUUCCGCGUACAAAUCGAGCGGAGGCAAAUUCGACGCCCAGGACUUUGCGGGUGGGCUGGUGAGUGGGUUGAUUCCUGGCCAUGGUCAUGGUUCGGGUACUGGUGGGAGUGGUGGAGGAUUAUUGCCUGUGAAUUUGAAGGGCGAGGACUUGGGUGGUGAUGAUAAGGUUACGAGUGGUGGUGACGAUAAGGUUACGAGUGGUGGUGGUGUUGGUGACGGAGGUGGACAUGAAGAGGGCGUUACCACCGUCAAGAACCCAGUGAAGGACCAAGGAAAGGAGAACAGCGUAGUUGCAAAGCAAGUAAAGACUCUGGCGAAUCUUGCCGAUGCAAAUGCCAAAAUGCAGAUUCCAGCGGCAGCGGCGGCGGCGGCGGCGGCGGCGGCGGCAAGGGGUGUGCUUGCCAGGAUCAAGAUAAUUACCGGCAAGAUCAAGACCAAGACCAAGAUACUAGCCAGUCCCAGAAAGAAGAUUACGGUGGAAAGUCUUCGUCGUUCAAAGAUCUCGGCACUACAGCCGGCGCUGGAGUUGGGUUCGGAUCAGGGACAGGAGCUGGAGAUGGCGGAGAUGGAGGAAACGCUGGUGGCGAGUCUGAUUUGUCUCCGUCUGCCAUCACGGCUGCUACGGAUGAGUUGCUUGCGGGUGCCAAGAGUGAGAGUGAGACUACGGGAGGAGGAAGAGGGACUGGAACGUAUGUAG